AUGGCUCUCUCCAAACCCACCUUCCUCACCCACCUCAAAACCCUAACCAAUCCCCGCCUCCGCCGCCUCACACCCCCCUCCUUCCUCUCCGUCCGCUCCCUCUCAUUCGCCACCCCCGAAGAAGCCGCCGCCGAACGCCGCAGCCGCAAGCGCCGCCUCCGCAUCGAGCCCCCAAUCUCCUCCCUCCACCGCUCCCAACCAAAACCCCAGCAGCCCCAAAACCCUAACCCUAAUGCCCCCAAACUCCCCGAACCCGUCUCGGCUCUCUCCGGCAACCGCCUCAACCUCCACAACAAAAUCCUAACCCUAAUCCGCCGCAACGACCUCGAAGAAGCCGCCCUCUACACCCGCCACUCCAUCUACUCCAACUGCCGCCCCACCAUCUACACCGUCAACUCCGUCCUCGCCGCCCAGCUCCGCCAGUCCAAAUACUCCGACCUCCUCUCCCUCCACCGCUUCAUCACCCAGGCCGGCGUCGCCCCCAACAUCGUCACCCACAACCUCAUCUUCCAGACCUACCUCGACUGCCGCAAACCCGACACCGCCAUGGAGCAUUACAAGCAGCUCAUCAACGACGCGCCGUUCAACCCCUCGCCGACGACGUACCGGAUUCUGAUCAAGGGAUUGGUGGAUAAUGGCAAGCUGGACAAGGCCAUGGAGCUCAAGGAGGAGAUUGAUGUCAAGGGCUUCGAGCCGGAUCCGACCGUGUAUCAUUACUUGAUGGUGGGGUGUGUGAGGAAUUCGGAUUCGGAUGGGGUGUUUCGGCUUUACGAGGAGCUCAAGGAGAAGCUGGGAGGUGAGGUGGAGGACGGGGUGGUGGUUGGGAGCUUGAUGAAGGGGUAUUUCAUGAAGGGGAUGGAGAAGGAGGCCAUGGAGUGUUACGAGAAGGCUGUGGGGGAGGGUUCCAAGGUGAAGAUGAACGCGGUGGGUUAUAACUCGGUGUUGGAGGCUUUGUGUAAGUAUGACAAGUCUGAUGAGGCAUUGAAGUUGUUUGAUAGGAUGAGGGAUGAGCAUUCUCCUCCGAGGAGGUUUACGGUGAAUUUGGGGAGCUUUAAUGUGAUGGUUGACGGGUAUUGCGCACAGGGGAGGUUUAAGGAGGCUGUUGAGGUGUUUAGGAAGAUGGGGGAGUAUAAGUGUGAGCCGGAUACUUUGUCAUUUAAUAAUUUGAUUCAGCAUUUGUGUAGCAAUGGGAUGCUGAGUGAAGCAGAGGAAGUUUGUGGAGAAAUGGGCGGGAAGGGUGUGAACCCAGAUGAGUAUACUUACUCGUUGUUGAUGGAUACUUGUUUUGAGGAGAAUAGGCCUGAUGAUGCAGCUGAGUAUUUUAGGAAAAUGGUUGAUGAGAAGUUGCGGCCGAAUUUGGCUGUUUAUAAUAGGUUGGCUGAUGGGUUGGUUAAGGUGGGGAAGGUUGAUGAGGCAAAAUCGUUUUUUGAUCUUAUGGGGAAGAAGCUGAAGAUGGAUGUUGCUAGCUAUCAGUUUAUAACGAAGGCGUUGAGUGAUGCAGGGAAAUUCGAUGAGGUGCUUAAUGUGGUGGAUACAUUGUUGGAGGACGAAUGGAUUGAAUUGAAUGAGGAGUUGCAGGACUUUAUCAAAGGGGAGCUGAGAAAGGACGGGAAAGAGGAUGAAUUGGAAAAGAUGAUAGAGGAGAAGGAAAGGCUGAAGGCUGAGGCUAAGGCUAAGGAGAUUGAGGAAGCGGAAGCAGCAAAGAGAAGUAGAAGCGCUGCUGUCUCCUCGUUACUCCCAUCUAGCUUGUUUGGGAAGAAAGAAACUGAGAAAGUAGGUGAAGCUACAGCUUCUGUGGAGGCUGCUCCAGCUGCUGACACAAACUCGGCAGAGGAAGCAAUGAAAGGUGAAAGUUCAUCCAAGAGCGAGGGUGCAAACGAGCAGCUAGCGGCUUGAGUGCAACAUUUCUUGUGAAAACUCUGCAGGGAAAAAUGUCCUUUAAACGUUGAAUAUCUAUAUGAAAAGUGCUAGUUGCUUAACAACAGCUACAAGACUAGAAGAGCCAUACUCCAAUGCCAUGGAGGAGUAGGCUAGAAAAAACCAACAAUGCUAAACACCAAAGGGCGCCGAUAGACGUGGCCUUACAACCAUCACCCAGGUGAGCCGAUGACCCUUCCUGUUGGCCGUGAAGUGGUAAAAAAAUCACUGUCUGGUAAAUAGGUAAGCGGUGUCCUGGACUCCUGGUAUUUUCCAUUGUCUUCUUCAGCUAAAUAUCUUCCAACCCAGAUGAAGUCAAUUUGCUUACAUCAGUGUGUCUACUCCAUAGUUCAACCCCUUCAGCAGCUCAUCCCGAGCGUUUACAGUAAAACGGUGCCGUCAAACUGCCACAACUAUCUGUUUAUCUCACUCUUGCGAUCACCACUUCAGUUUGUGAAUAUUUUGUCAAUAAAGUACAAGUAUAAAUGAUGAGUGUUGUCUAUAAGUUCAUGGAGUGAGUCAUGGGUUUAGUUUGGAAG